AUGGAGCUGCAGCAGCUGGUGGUGGUGGUGUUGCUGGAGGUGCUGGAGGUGCCGGAGGUGCUGGAGGUGCCGGAGUUGCUGGACCUGCUGGUCCCGGAGGUGCUCGUACUGGAGGUACUGGAGCUGCUGGAGCUGGUGGUGCUACUGGUGCUGGACGUACUAGAGCUGCUGGAGCUGCUGAUGCUGCUGCUGGAGGUGCUGGAGGCGGCGGAGCUGCUGGAGCUGCUGGUCCCGGAGGUGCUCGUACUAGAGGUACUAGAGCUGUUGGAGCUGGUGGUGCUGCUGGUGCUGGAGGUACUAGAGCUGCUGGAGCUGGUGGUGGUGCUGCUCCUGCUGGAGGUGCUGGAGGUGCUAGUCCCGGAGGUGCUCGUAGUGGAGGUACUGGAGCUGCUGGAGCUGGUGGUGCUAUUGGUGCUGGAGAUACUGGAGCUGCUGGUGCUGCGGGCUCUGGAGCUAAAGCCGCUGGAGCUGGAGGCGCUGGAGCUGGAGGUGCUGGAGCUGGAGGCGCUGGAGCUAGAGACGCUGGAGCUGGAAGUUCUGAAGCUGCUGGAGGCGCUGGAGUUGCUGGUACUCGAACUGGAGGUGCUGGAGCUGGUGUUACUGGUGCUGGUGGUAGUGCACGGCGAUGAAUUUCGUGCUGCCAGUCCUACUGUCAUGCGUCUCCUGGCCAUUGUUGUCACUGACCCUUCGUUUGAGUCCACUGCUGCAUGUGCCCUAGUCGCUGAGCUCGUUGACUUUGCUGCUGCUUGUCGUCUCGACUACGCCGCUAGUAUUGUUGCUGAGUCUGAGUCUGUCUGUCCUCCGUCUGUCGGGGGUGAGUGUGCUCUUGGCACGGACGUCCUUGAGGACAGGCAGGAGGACUUUGAGUGUCUUGCAGCUGCUGUACCCCAUCUCGUGUCCAUGCUGCUUGGACUUGAGGUAGACCCGGAUGCUCCAGACAUCCCGACCACGCGCUCUUACGCAGAGGCGAUUACGGGUCCCUACUCCUCUCAGUGGCAGACAGCCAUGGACGCAGAGAUGGCAUCCUAG